UCAGCCCGGCACAGCCGGGCGGAGGUGGCUGUGACAGCGGCAGCGCGCGCUGUCCCGUGUCACCCGCUGCCGGGACACCCCGGCUGCGUUUCGGGCCGCCGGCCGGAAUAUCACAGAGCGAGGGAAGACGCCCGGCCCGCACUUCGCCGCUUUCCGCGGGGAAUCCGCCGGCACAGCCGCCAGACCGACCCCGGCCCCGCCGCCGCCGCCGCCGCCGCCGCCGCCGCCGCCGCCGCCGCCGCCGCGCCAUGGCGCUCGCAAGGCAAGUGCUUUGUCUCUCUGCUUUCCUCUCGCUGCCGCUCGCUCGCGCCGAGCCCAUCCGCUACUCCGUAGCCGAGGAGGCGGAAAGCGGCUCCCUGGUGGGCAAGCUGGCGGAGGACGCGGGGCUGACGCCGGCGCAGCUCUCGGCUCGCCGCGCCCGCCUGGUCUCGGAGGACGGCCGGCAGCAUUUUCGCUUCGAGCGCGCCUCCGGCCGCCUCGUCGUGGCGGGGAGGCUGGACCGGGAGGAGCUGUGCGGCCAGGCCGCCACCUGCAUGCUCCCCUUCGAGCUGCUGCUCUCCAGCCCCCUGCAGUUCUUUCGGGUCGAGGUGACUCUGGACGAUAUCAAUGACCAUUCACCCGUCUUUCCCGAGGAACGAGUCACUUUUAAGAUUCCAGAGACGAGCGAGCCAGGCUCUUGUUUCCCAAUGGAGGCUGCUCAGGACCUCGAUAUUGGCAGCAACACAGUCCAGGAGUACAGCAUCUCUCCCGAGAACGAGUAUUUUCGUGUCUCCUAUGGGAGUCGCAUUACAGGCAAGAAGUCUCUUGAACUUGUUUUGGAAAAGCCAUUAGACAGAGAGGAACAUGCAGAGAUGGGUUUCAGUGUUAUUGCUCUGGAUGGGGGCUCUCCUCCCAGGAGCGGCACCACCCAUGUGAAAAUAUUCAUUCUGGAUGUAAAUGACAAUGCUCCCAUAUUCACACAGGAGGAAUAUAUUGCACAGGUGCUGGAGAACAUGCCAGAAGGCUCUGUGGUUCUGACUGUGCUGGCAACUGAUCAGGAUGCAGGAGUUAAUGGGGACAUCACCUAUCAACUCAGCCAGGCAGUGGGCAAAAGUGACUCAGCAUUUUUGAUUGAUCCCAUAACUGGUGCAAUUAAACUCACAAAACCUCUGGACUUUGAGGCAGCAGAAAGUCAUGAGAUGAGUGUGAGGGCUACAGAUGGAGGGGGACUCUCAGCCAUCUGCAAAGUGUUGGUGGAGGUGGUGGAUGUGAACGACAAUGCCCCAGAGCUGGUGGUCAGUUCCUUCAGCAGUCCCAUCCCCGAGAACACAGUGCCUGGCACGGUGGUUGCCCUGUUCUCGGUGAGGGACCGGGAUUCUGGUGCCAACGGGAAGAUCUCCUGUGCCCUCGAGGAUCAGCUCUCCUUCUCCCUGCGGCCAGCCUAUAAGAAUUACUAUGAGCUGGUGACAGUGAGCGCGCUGGACCGCGAGGAGACGCCUCAGUACAUCCUGAGUGUCACGGCAGCAGAUGCGGGGUCGCCUCCUCUCACCAGCACCCAGACCUUCACCGUGGACAUCUCCGAUGUCAAUGACAAUGCCCCCGUCUUCAACCAGACCUCCUACACCAUGUACGUGCAUGAGAACAACGUGCCCACGGUGUUUGUUGGGGCCGUCAGUGCUGGGGAUGCUGACGUGGGGCUCAAUGCCAAGGUGACCUAUUCCCUGGCACCAGAGCAAGGGGCAGAGCGGCCCUCGUGCUCCUGCAUCUCGGUGAACUCUGAGAACGGACACGUGUUUGUGCUGCGGCCCCUGGACUACGAGCACUUGAGGCAGACGGAGGUGACGGUCAGUGCCUGUGACGCGGGCUCUCCUCCCCUCAGAGCCAACGUCACCGUCCGCCUGGUCGUGCUGGACGAGAAUGACAACGCUCCGCUCGUGCUCUACCCGGCCCAGGACGGCAGCCCAGCGUCCAGCGAGCUGGUGCCCGUGUGGGCUGAGGCGGGCUACCUCAUCGGCAAAGUGGUGGCCGUCGAUGCCGACUCGGGACAGAACUCCUGGCUCUCCUACCACCUGCUGAGGGCCACCGACCCAGGGCUGUUUUCGGUGGCUGUCCAAAGCGGGGAGGUGCGUCUGAGGAGGCCGGUGACAGAGAGAGACAGCGUGAAGCAGAAGCUGGUUGUCCUGGUCAGAGACAACGGCAAGCCCCCACUGUCAGCCACGGCAGCCCUGAGCGCUCUCCUGCUCAAGGACUUCUCAGACGUGCGCCUCCCGCACAGCAGCCCGGCCCCAGAGGAUCAGGACGGCUCCCUGACCACCUAUUUAAUCAUUUCCUUGGUCUUUGUCUCACUGCUCUUCCUCAUCUCCAGCGCAGUCUUUGUGGCUCGCAAGGCGUGCAGGAGAAAGGAGCUGGAGGCUGGCCAUGUGCUCUAUGGUGCCGACAACUUGCAGAGCGGCCUGGCCGAUGCAGCCGCUGCAGGGACCCUGCCCCGCGCCUAUUGCUACGAGAUCAGCCUCACCACGGGCUCGGGCAACAGCGAGUUCAAAUUCCUCAGGCCCAUCCUGCCCAGCCUGCCCCCACAGCACUGCGCCCUGGGCCAGGGCCCCGAUGAGGAACAGGAUUUCCCCUGUGUCCCUGUCAGCACAGAGGACAUGGCCCCAGACAAUGCUGGGACUCUCACUGCAGGACAGUUCAACGCCCUUUCUUUUGACUAGCUUUGGUUUGCACAGUCAGAAAUUUUAUGCCUUAUGAUAGAACGAGAUUCAGACUUUAACCUGUGGCAGUUAUUCGUCCAGAGAAAACCUGUGUUUUCAAUUGGCAUAAUCAAUUUCACUCACUUUCUUAGUCAGAGUAAUACUUUCCAGCUUCUCCAAACACAGAAAUAAGAAAAUACAAGAAAGGCAAUUUUCCCUUCACCAGUCAGAUACUUCUGUUCUCUUAUGGCCAUUUCUUAUGGGGUUUAUGAAUGGCAUUACCACUCCAUCUAUGCUCCUGUUUAUGUUUUUAUCAAAUUAGCCAUGAAACUCCUGUUAAUUCUUAUAUCACAAUGGCACAGUUGACAGACAAAUUUCACACUUGCUAAAAUGACACAAAGCCCUUUUCCAAGGUCAGAAAAACAAGGUAGUACAAAAUACUACAUCAUGAUGUUCCGUGAGCAUGGGACUUUUUCUUUAUGGAGUUCUGGAUGUUUGUCUGAGAUGUGUGGGCUCUGCAUGCUAUGCUUUUUUUCAGUAUGUCUUUUUGUACAAACAUUGUGCAUCUGCAGAUGCUUCACUACUUCGGCCCAAUGAAACUGUGAAUUUGUCCCAUCCAGCCAUUGCAAUGCUGGCAAUUCCGGCUCUGCAGAGCAAAAGAAUAUUUUGACCCUAUGAAUACAGGGGUCUCAGGUUCUUCAAGGCAGAGAGGAGCUGGAAAAUGCACAACAAAAUCUUCUCUUGGCCCAUGUGUGGGUUUGGUAUUCUGUCCCCCUCAGAUUGCCUUGGAAAUACAGCAAUAGAAGAUGUGUUAGGGUAGGCUGUAACUGUAGAGAGUCAUGAAAACGUGUCAAUUGUCUGUACAUGCAUGAAAACACCACAUGUCCAUCAAAAAUAAUUUUCUGAAGUUAGAAUUAAGAAGAAUUUAAAAACAGGACUUUGAGAUUUGGUUUUCAUUCUUGUUUCUGAAUACAAUUGUUUCUCUUUGGGAGUAGAAAUCUGUCCGUAAAGGAUUAUCUCCUUUUGUGUUAGAGGAUUUGCAUUCCCAUUUUGCCAGAUUCUCCUUUGACCCUCUGAAAUGUACGGAGCAGUACUUUGCUCGUUGAUCUAGAAAAGGACUGCCACACCAUAUAUAUCAAGUGGUUAUUUUAAUGAUGUCUUUGAUGCAUGGAAUAUUCAGAAAGCCUCUCUCUACGGACAAUUGAAAAAAAUAUAUAGAAGCAAAAUAAAGAGAACAGCUGAAGAACA